GGCACGGCCCGGCAUGGCUGGUGGCGGCUCAGGCCCCAGCGGUUGGCUGGGUGUGGCAGCAGCUUCCUGGGCUCCCACCGGCCCCCCUAAACACCGUCCUGUGCGUUGUGGACGGACUCAGGGCGGGGUGAGGGCUUGGUUUCUCAGUGGGACUGUUGGUAUUUCUCAGAGGAGGUGGGUGGGGCUCUGCACCCCCCCUUCCUGUGACACUCCUGUCCCUUGGAGAAGAAGACGCAGAAGACAGUGGGGCUGCAGGGUGCUGUGCUCGUGUACGCCAGCCCUCCUGCUCAUUCCCCGGGCACCCGGACUCUGCUCCCGCCAGCUGCCCUCGGCCAGCCUUGGGUGUGAGCCCACAGCUGCUUCUCGCCUGGCGUCGCCCGUCACUAAAACCUGUCUGACACAUCUCUUCGUGACGCUGCCGGGACUGAUCCCGCAGUGGACCCCGAGCUGCUCCUGGAGACCCCACCAGCCAGCCCCGAGCAGGAGGCCUGGCUCCCUCCUGCCGCCCCCUUGGCGACAUAGCCCCCGGUCACACUGGUGCUCAGCUCUACCUCGUCCUCACGGCCCAGCCCUGGGCUCUGGGACUCUUCUGUGCUGCGUGUCCAGGAGGCAGGAUGUGGGCCGCAGCCUGUGCGCUGGGGAUCCCCAAUGAGGCCUGGCUUUAGCAGGGUCAGGCAGGGGAGGCCACACCUAUUCUGUCUCACCUGUGUGGGGGGCACCCCUUUCUUUGGACUUUGAACCCAGUCACACAGACUUUGUUUUGAGGACGUGGACAGUCCUUUGUUCACUUUAUCAACACUACCCUUCGCUGCUGUCUGACACACCAUUCUUGGGCUCGUUUUGGACGGUUUUCCUUUCUUUGUACAGUAAACGUAAUUCAGCUCGGCCUGCAGGUUGCGUUUCCUGUCCAUGAGAGCCCCUGGAUUUAACUGGCCAAGUGGCAGGUGGAGGUGACGUGGGGACCCCUGCCUCCAGGGCCCGGCCUCACCAGCUGCUCCCAGUCUGGGCUGUGUGGGCGAGCCCGGGCGGCAUAGUUCUUGGGGAGCCAGACAGGCAGCCCUCUGCACACUGGAGAGGGCACCUGGGACGCCCCGAGCCCCCCAACCCCAGAUUGUGGAGGCGGGGCCUGACUGCCAAGUUGGCUCUGCUGCCAGAGGGUGGUGGGCACCGAGGACUUGGGGGGUUGCCGCCUGCCGAGACUCAGCACAGCCUCCUGGACCCAGACCUGGGCCUGAGGUGGGAAAGCCGCCCGCUGACAGGGUGUGUGAGGCUCAGUCCUUGGGGUGUGGUGGGUGCUGAAGAUUGGGGAACCCUUCUGAACGAGCCUCUCCACCCCCAUGCCCCGCCCACACUCUGGGGCCCAGGCCUCUGGGCAGCUCCGAGGGACUGUCCUGGAUCUGGAACCCACCGCGCCCACGGCCCCUUGGUAUGCGUCCUCUGUAUCCGGGACAUCUCUUGGUCCCACUCUGACCACACUCAGCUUUUACUACCCUGCUUCCCAGGUCAGAAGGUCAGAUGCAGGACCCUGGGACGGGCUGGUCUCAGAGCAGAUGCUCCUCCGGCCCCAGGCCCCUGGGAAGUGUGUGGAAGGGCAGAUCAUGGGGCUCUGUCCUGCCGCUGCCUUAGAUCUCCUGCCUGCCCUGCCAAGGGGGGCUUCCAUUCCCACCCCCGCUCAAGGAGGGCUCCUCCCAGGGCUUGCCCAGGGUACUGUUUAGAUGACCUUGGCCUCUCAGCGCUGUGUGUGGGGCUUCAGCUACCGAAAUUAAGUCGGGCCGAGUAAACACACAGGUCCUUGGUCCCACCAGCCCCAUCUCCGGUGUUUGGGGCCUGUGUGACGGGUGGCUGUCCCGGCCAGUGCGGUUUCCUCCCUGCGGAGCACCCUGGGACUUCACAUCUUUGGGACACGCCUGGACCAGGAGCCAUGCUGGGUGCCGCUCUGGAAAUGCAGUCCUGCCUUGUGUCGGCCUCCCCUAACCCUCAGUUCCCCCAUCAGCUGCGGGUUACCGGAGGCCUUCCCACUAGCAGAAAGGGUUUCAUUGUGACCCCAAGACCUGUUGGUAGGUCGUAACCCUGCGAAGGAUCCCGGAGAAGGUUGUGAGAUUUUUUUUCUCGAGGGGAACAAUGCCUGCUCCUUGCAGGGCCGACACAGACCCCCUGGGCCUCUGUCUUGCUGGACAUAAUGAAUCUCGGGCUGGUCUGGACCUGCUUUGGGGGAGAUCCAGGCCCUGGGACAGCUGGGGCAGAUAGGGGAGCCAGCAGGGGUUAGCCGGCCCCAGCCCCCUCCUCUGACCUGGACUGGGAAGGUCUGAGAGGAGCUUUGAUCCCCCGGCCCUUCCAUCCCCAGCCCAGGGCCUAGAGGGAGGAGGGGCUCCAAUUACAGAGUCCCCUCCCCUCCCUUCCCCUCCCCUCCCCCGCUGAGCCGGCCCUUCUCUGGCCCUUCUCCGCCCCUCCGUGACCCUCAUGGCCAGUGUCUUCCGUGCUCCCGGGCCUCGGCCCCUCCCCAGCCCUCCUCCCCUCCCCACACCCUGCCCUGUGCUGACCACAGAGGGGCCAGGCAGGGGAGGGGCCGGCGCCACACAUACAGACUCCGAGCUGGGAGAGGCCCUGAACCUACCCAGCCCCUACCCAACCCCUCACACUGGGAGACGAAGCCUCUGCUGUGGGCUCGGACCCUGGAGGCCAAGGGGGGAACCCUGGGGACCAGGCGGGGGCCCCAGGGCAGGGCAGUGACCACAGGCCCAGAGAGGUAGAUGCCUUCAUCAGGGAGGCUAGGCAGCAACUGAGGAGGGACUGGUGGUCACAUCCCCCACCCCCUGGCCCGCGGUCCCCAUGCUGGCGCCGAGGCCACUCCUACUGCUGCUCCUCGUGGUCAGGCUGACCCUGGGGGCCAGCCUGCCACCGGGCCCCCGAAGCCAUCCAGGCGUGUGCCCCAACCAGCUCAACCCCAGCCUGUGGGUGGACGCCCAGAGCACCUGCGAGCGUGAGUGCGUCGGGGACCAGGACUGUGCGGCCCACGAGAAGUGCUGCGCCAAUGUGUGCGGGCUGCAGAGCUGCGUGGCCGCGCGCUUCCCCGCCGCCGGCCAGGCCGCACCCCCGCCACCCGCCUCGUGCGAGGGCUUCCCCUGCCCUCAGCAGGGCUCCGCCUGCCACCUAUGGGAUGGGCAGCCGGCGUGCCGCUGCCGCGACCGCUGCGAGAGGGAGCCCAGCUUCACCUGCGCCUCGGACGGCCUCACCUACUACAACCGCUGCUACAUGGACGCCGAGGCCUGCCGGCGCGGGCUGCGGCUGCAUGUGGUGCCCUGCAAGCGCAUACGCGGCUGGCCACCCGCCAGCCCAGGGCCGCCGGACCCCACGGCCCGCCCCACGCCGGGCCACGCGCCCAUGCCGCCUGCGCUCUAUAGCAGCCCUCUGCCGCAGGCCGUGUUCGUGGGCGGCACCGCCAGCCUGCACUGCGAUGUCAGCGGCCGCCCGCCGCCCGCUGUGACCUGGGAGAAGCAGAGCGACCAGCGGGAGACCCUGAUCAUGCGGCCGGACCAGAUGUACGGCAACGUGGUGGUCACCAGCAUCGGGCAGCUGGUGCUUUACAACGCGCGGCCGGAGGACGCGGGCCUCUACACGUGCACCGCCCGCAACGCCGCCGGCCUGUUGCGCGCUGACUUCCCGCUGUCCGUGCUCCAGCGGGGCUCGGUUGGGGAUGGGGACAGGGCGCGUGCCCCCGCCGGCCCCGCCGAGUGCCUGCCUGACCUGCAGGCCUGCGGCAGCGCGCCCUCUGGCCUCGUGCUCUGGCACUUCGACCCCCAGCGUGGGGGCUGCAUGACCUUCCCCGCCUGCAGCUGCGAGGGCAGCAGCCGGGGCUUCGAGAGCUACGAGGCGUGCCAGCGGGCCUGCGCCAAGGGCCCUGGUGAUGCAUGCAUGCUGCCAGCCGUGCAGGGGCGCUGCCAGGGCUGGGAGCCGCGCUGGGCCUACAGCCCGCUGCUGCAGCAGUGCCACCCAUUCCUGUACGGCGGCUGUGAGGGCAACGGCAACAACUUCGAGAGCCGCGCCAGCUGCGAGGACGCCUGCCCCGUGCCACGAACGCCGCCCUGCCGGGCCUGCCGCCUGCGGAGCAAGCUGGCGCUGAGCCUGUGCCGCAGCGACUUUGCCAUCGUGGGGCGGCUCACCGAGCUGCUGCAGGAACCCGAGGCGGGGGGCGGCAGCAUCGCCCGCGUCGCCCUGGACGAGGUACUCAAGGAUGACAAGAUGGGCCUCCGGUUCCUGGGCACCAGGUACCUGGAGGUGACGCUGAGUGGCAUGGACUGGGCCUGCCCCUGCCCCAACGUGACGGCUGGCGAUGGCCCGCUGGUCAUCAUGGGGGAGGUGCGAGACGGCGUGGCCGUGCUGGACGCCGGCAGCUAUGUCCGGGCUGCAAGCGAGAAGCGGGUCAAGAAGAUCUCGGAGCUGCUGGAGAAGAAUGCCUGCGAGCUGCUGAACCGCUUCCAGGACUGACCCCACCCAUGCUGCCCCCCCCCCCCCCCCGUCUGCCCACCCUGCCUUCCUGCCCCAUGGAAUAAAAGCCAGCGUUUCCCCAGAGCUUGUGGACUACAUGGGCUGGACCUCCUCAGGGGACCCUUAGCUGGUAUCCCUCUUUGCAGCCUCCCAUUUCCCUGCAGGAGCACGAGCCAUGACCAGCCUGAGACGGGCACCCUCUCCUGUUGUGGGGAAACUCAGCAGCCAGCUCAACCCACGGGGCCCGAGUUCUCCCUCCCUUCCCUGUGCCCUCAGCAGAGCAGCACAGUCCAGGAGGCCCCCAAGCCUUGACUCCACAGGCCAGACCCUUCUGUCACUAGUGCAGACCCCUUGAAGACACCGCCCGCCCACUGAGCACCACCAGGAGUGGUCCCAGGAGGCAUGGGUGAGACCAGCAGUGAGCAGCAGAAAACACUUUAUUCCCAGGUUCUAAGCAGCCCUGUGGCCAUCAGCCAAGAGCU